CCCUGUUCUGUUUCAGUCUCACUGUUUUGUUGGGCCCGAGCAGAACCUUUUGUAUUUGAGCCGUUUUUACUGUAAAAAUCCGGCCAAGCUCCACCAACACUGCGCGCCAUUACAUGCGCUGGCGUUGAAAUGAUGCAGACCCGCCGCUGUGCUCGUGUACUGUUUCAAUAAAGUUUAGUUAAAAAACACAAACACACACCACCGGAAACGAGUCCCGGAGCAGGAACGAAACCCUGACGGGUGGUCGCACUUUCUUUUUUUCGGUUUGUAAACAAAAUCAAGGUCGAGCAGCCGGACUGAGGAGUAAAAUCCGGUUCUGGUGGUUCUGGAGCCGUCGAACCGAGUUCGAACCUGAAAACGAGUCGGGAAUGUUCCUUCUGCCGAACAGCCUGCUGGGUAAUAAGACAACGUCAGAGCUACGUUCACCGAGAUAAACAGGUGAAGAGGCGCGAGCUGCAGACAUGUCUGUGUCCCUGUCAGCUGAGAGGGACAGGAUCCAGAGACAGGUGGACGAUUUGGAACAGAGUCUGUCUGUGACUCAGAGUGAGCUGGACCUGCUGAGCAGUGAGACAG